UGUCUUCCACUGGCCUGCCGCCCGAACGAGCAAACCCAUUCUUGGGACUACAAUUCCCAGCGGGAAGUGCGCGAUAGGGCAAGAGGGUUCCUCUGCCGGAAGUCCGCUCUAGCCCUGGGUCCUCCAACUGCUUCCAGAGCCGGAGCCGCCCAGUCGCCGCGGGACCGGGCCAGCUGGGGUCCGGACGGGGGUCGCCAUGAUCCGCUUCAUCCUUAUCCAGAACAGGGCGGGCAAGACGCGCCUGGCCAAGUGGUACAUGCAAUUUGAUGAUGAUGAGAAACAGAAGUUGAUCGAGGAAGUGCACGCUGUGGUCACUGUCCGAGAUGCCAAACACACCAACUUUGUAGAGUUCCGGAACUUUAAGAUCAUUUACCGACGCUAUGCCGGCCUCUACUUCUGCAUCUGCGUGGACGUCAACGACAACAAUCUGGCCUAUCUGGAGGCCAUCCACAACUUCGUGGAGGUCUUAAAUGAAUAUUUCCACAAUGUCUGUGAACUGGACCUGGUGUUCAACUUCUACAAGGUUUACACGGUCGUGGAUGAAAUGUUCCUGGCCGGUGAGAUCCGUGAGACCAGCCAGACGAAGGUGCUGAAACAGCUGUUGAUGCUGCAGUCCCUGGAGUGAGGGCGGGCAGCCCCUCCGGCCCCGGCCCUCCCCGGACUUGCCUGCUCGCUUCCCCUUUCCAGGCCUGGGGUCCACCCCAGCAGCCCCCUCCCUCACCUGCCCAGGAGGAAGGCACCCAGCUGGGUCUGGGCCACAAGGGAGGAGACUGCACCCCACUGCCUCUGGGCCCCAGCUGCGGGCGGAGGCCACCUUGAGUGUACCGAGUCAUCGUGCCGUUGUCAUGUGACGCCGUGAGUGUGUGUGCGUGGAGUCCCAAUAAACCUGUGGUCCCAACCUG